ACGACAUUGACGGAAACUACGAGGACAAGGAGGAAGUGGAGAAGAGCCGAGGAGGCGAGCGCACGCCUCGAUAUGUAGCGUAGCGUGCGCCCUGCCGCACUCGAGCCACGGCCACGGUGUCCUUGUUCGCCGUACUCUUACGCCCCGUUGGGACAAGAGUGUAGUGGGCGCCCGUAGACGAGGUGUAUGGUUGGUUGGUUGGUUGGUUGGUUAGUUGGUUAGUUAUCAAAAAGUGAUGUGAUCAAGAAGAAGGUGUGUUUGUACUUGUUAACGUUCUUGUCCUUUUCCUGUUUCUUCAUCUCCUUUUCUUUCGCGAGGAGAGCCGAAGAGAGCCAGUACCGCGAGAGGAUGGAGGAGAAACCAUGACGCACCCCUCGCAUCAGACUAACGGCGCUAGCUUGGAGGACUGCCACACCAACUUCUUCGCCCUGACGGAUCUCUGCGGGAUAAAAUGGAGGAAGCUGGUGUGGGGCGAGAUCGCUGGUGGAUUCGGCGGAACCCUACUCGAGGAUCCAGUGCUGUCGAGCUUCUCGCGUUGCCUCGCCGGCGAUAUCCUUUGCGUCUGGCGGCGCGUCUCCGCCUCCCAGGUGAACUCCCAGGGCCACGCCGUAGCGGCGACUAAUCUUUUCGACCUCAACUCAAUAGCGCCCUCACCGGCGCCCCCGCCGCUUUCCCUUCAGGCAGCUAAGGAGCUCUGGAUAUUUUGGUACGGCGAGGAGCCCGACCUCUCGGGCCUUGUCUCACCUGAACUGAUCGCUUGCGAAGGUGAACAAGGCUCAUGGGAGAGUGGUUUGUCAUACGAGUGCAGAUCGCUGUUAUUCAAGGCCUUGCACAACCUUAUUGAACGAUGCUUACUAUCCCGGGACUUUGUCCGCUUAGGGAAGUGGUUCGUUCAGCCCUACGAUGGUUUCGAGAAGCACCGAUGCUCCAGCAGUCACCUGUCUUUCUCAUUCGCCUUCUUUGUCCACGGCGAGAGCACCGUGUGUGCGAGUGUGGACGUCAGGCAACAUCCAGCAGUCAGGCACUUAACGAGGGCCUGUCUCCAGCGCACUCAGACCGCCCAGUCACCGGUCAAAGUGAUCCUCGCUCCAUAUGGCCUCGCUGGCACCUUGACUGGCCAAGUCGGUCGUCUAGACUCGCAACUGUUGGACGAGUGGCGGCACUUCUAUCCAAUAAAUAGCGCGGGUCUCGAGCCGGGACUGCCAGCCCUCGUGGAGGUCCUCGUCGGUGGAGUGCGAAUGCGCUACCCUUCCUGUUACGUUCUGGUGACGGACAUGGACGAGAGCCCGGUAAUGAUGACGAUGAUGACAGGCGUGGGCAGCGGAGCGGGCCCCGGCGGUCCCAUCGGUCCCGUAGGUGUCGAGGUGGCGAUGCCACUGUCGCCACCGACAAGUCCCGCGAGCUACGAGCACCCGCUCUCGACGCAGCGCGACCUGGGACCCGCGACCGAACUGCCCGAGCGGGUUUGGGCCGAAUGUGUCGUGAGGGCGAGGUCUGCCAGUCCCAGGCUGGCCAACGGUGGUGACGCUUCGGAACUCGGAAACUGGAACUUCGUAGACCCGACCAUCAAGUCUUCCUGCAGUUGCUCCAAGUGCACGGCCCUCGGUGGCUGGAAGGGCGGCCCGGGUCAUCGAGACAAAUCGGAGCGAGCCGGGGGCCACCGAAGGCUGCCUCUCGUUCCCUUUCACCGGCGUCCAACACUACAUUGGGAUGCAGCCGCCAUCGCCGCUAAUGAGCUUCGGCAUACGUUAAACAAAAAUAUUUUCACUAGGGUGUCGGUGAAUCGGCCGAACGCCCCGAAGACGCCCUCGGAGGGUGGGCCGCCCUCGUAUCCACGGGGUCCGCCAACCGGUGGUGACUGCAUGCCGGUUCCCUCGGUCGGCUCGCCCGCCUCGCCGGCCCCUUCGCCUCUGCCAACCCCGCACUCCGAGCCACCUACCAGCAUACCGCCUCAGGACGUCCAACAAUCGGCCACGGGCCUUAGUCCUCAAACUCAACAGUCGACGAGCCAACCAGCGAGCAGCGCUGCUCAACCACCCCUCACACCUUCUCAGGGUCCUAAGUCCAUGUCCUCGGGAAGCUGUGGCAACGCUCAAGCCUCGAGUCCCGGAGGACUCUUGGGUGCCGGUCAUGUUUCCCAACCCAUCCAGACGAUCCAGGCGCUUAAGCGGCCCAUCCUCAUCUCCAAGGAGUACGAGGGAGCCCUUCUUGAGGAGGAGCAAUCCUUGCCUUGGCUCUACGACUAUUCUACGCAGGAGGCCUGGCUUAAUCACCCGGUGAAGCGACUCAAGACAGCGCCCUCGUACGUCCCUGUUGGCAUACGGAACGGCAGCCUCUACCCGCCGAUGGGUUGCGGUACCGGGACACUCGAGCCCAGCACUAACUCCGGUUCGGUGCCUCAGACUAUCCAGAUCCACGGACAGCAAACAAAGAUCGAGAUCAAGCAGGAACCCGGCACGACCCCCGGAGAAUGCACAGGAGUAAGGCCAGAUCCCUACGAAUUUGACGCGGCAGGGGAAGAAAAUGUCACUGGAGUGGAUGGAUUAAAGAGGCAAAGAGACGAAUCUAAGCCAAGCUCUCUAUUUACUAGUGAAGGACUUCAAGCAUCGUACAAAGAUUUAGAUCAAAUUUUUGACAAUUCCGAUCCGGAUACUUCCAGCGACGAAACCAAUUUGAAUCAGCUUCAAGUGCAAACGCCUCCAGGUUCAAAUAAGUCUGGUGGUGGAGGCGGUCAUGACGGGGUAGAUGCGCGGCUUGAUGGCAUGAAUUUGAGCUCCGGAAUCUCGGGUUCUGGGGCUUCCGGCACCUCCAACUCAAGUAGUAAGCACGGUUGCUCCUCGUCAUCGUCUUCGUCCGGCUGUGGCCGGGGCGUCGGUGUAUUACGACCCGAAGAGCUGUCUAAGAUGUUCCCAACACCGCCUUCUCUCGAACACAAUCCCGUGGCUUCACCCUGUCAACUAAGCGAGCCCAGCCUUGAGCAGACAGACCUCGGUGUCAGCACCCAGCUCGUUCAACGCCAGCUCCAGCGCCAAUUGCCAGACAUUUAUCCAAAUAUGGGUUCACCCCCUGAGGAGGUCGUUGACGACUGGUCCUAUGUAUUUAAGCCACCAGCCAUGUGCAAACUUGUCGGCUCGUCCAAAUACGCGCCUCUCACGAAUCUGCCAAGCCAGAGCUUACCACCCGUGACACUUCCGACUCACUGUGUUUACAGGACUUCUUGGCAGUGUAGCAACACUAACACUAAUCAGAGCAAUCAAGAAAAGUCUUCACAGUCAGCUCGAUCUGGUUCAGUGCAGCCACACCAACAACAGCAACAACAACAACAACAACAACAACAACAACAACAACAACAAGCGCUUCAACAACAACAGCAGCAGCAGCAACACCACCACCACCACCCAGCGAGUCCUGCACAAUUAGGCACUGCGUAUCGAUCAUCCCAGAUACCAGGAAUCGUCGGGGUGCGGCCACCUCCUCCACCCUACGAUCAGCCAUCACCUGCGACUUCUACAACAUCAUCUUAUCUCAACAAAAAUCUCAACAGCAUCGAAGCUGAUACGCCUGGUCCUAUACGCGCUCCCGAGUCGAACUCCCUCGUUGUCAAUAUACUACUAGGAGAUACCGCGCUUAAUAUUUUCCGCGAUCAUAACUUUGACAGUUGUAGUCUUUGCGUAUGUAAUGCUGGACCGAAAGUUGUAGGCAAUAUUAAGGGCGCCGAUGCGACCACAUACUUAACUGGCUCCUGGACUGCAAACAACAAUGUCUUCCAGGAUGAGGAUCAGAUAAGAUGUAGCUGCGGUUUCAGCGCAGUCGUAAAUCGGCGUCUCGCUCACAAAGCCGGUCUUUUUUACGAAGACGAGAUGGAAAUAACAGGGAUCGCCGAGGAUCCGGCUGAUAAAAAGAAAGCCUCACUUGCGGCAAUUGCCUGUUGCGAUUCAAAGAGCAUUCCCGAGGGUAUCGACCUCGUACCACCCUCAGUCCUUGAACUUCUUCGAGAGCAAUGCCUUAUCGUCCAAAGUUCCGCAAGUAGCCUAUACCGCGCAGCGCGCCUCUACGCAGCCAACCGAAUGAAAUCAAGCUCGCUGAGCGUAAACGCCUUGGAGUUCAACGAUGGCAAUGAAUUAUCUCUGGCUGCUAUUGAUCAGGGCAAGUUCGACGGACCUCCUGUGGAUCGGAGUCAGCGACUGAAUGGUGUGCAUCGUUGGGUGUUCCUCCGAGCCAAGGGUCCCCAGUGCAACGGCGAUAUCGUACGCAUUAUGAAGAGCGUGCAGCCUCUAUUACAGGAGGCCAUCCAACAGAAGGCAACAAGGAUGUGGGAUGCGCCCUACACAGUGAGGAUUCUGACCUGGCGAGGUUUUCACAGGCUCGCCGGACGAGACACUAAGGAUCGAUGCGAGCCCCAACCUGUUCCAGCUCUCGUCGUCGGUUACGACCGUGAUUGGCUCUCUCUCUCACCGUAUGCUCUCAGCUAUUGGGAGAAGCUGCUGCUUGAGCCUUACGCCGGACCGAGGGACGUUGCCUAUGUUGUCCUAGCGCCCGACAACGACUGUCUUGUCGGCAAGGUCAAGUCUUUCUUUAGAGAGUUGUCUACUACCUACGAGAUCUGUCGACUCGGGAAGCACACCCCCAUUGCCAAGACUGUGCGUGAUGGCAUCCUCCGUGUAGGCAAGUCCACCGUACAAAAGGUCGCCAGCACAAUAAAUAGCAAGCAGCAGCAACAACAACAACAUCAACAACCCAUCGAUGAAUGGUUUAAGCUCCUCGGAGAUAACCAAACUGGAGAGUGCCUCAGACUGUACGCGCAGGCGUGCAAUUACAGACUAGCUCCCUACCUUACCCAGGUGAUCCAAGACCGGAGCCUCUUCGACAAUACCGAAGUCGUCAGCGUCGGUGGCAAGCAGAACCAGUCGUGCGGUAACGUUUCUGAGUCGAUGCCUGCCACUCCGGACGGCAUGCCCAAUAAACCUGAGUCCGUCGAAGGCGAGAACGCACGCAGCGAGACGCCUAAUGCGAAUUCGACAGCGGGGAGGACAACCCCGACGACACAGACUUCGGCCAAUACUCAGACAACUAUAUCGGUCAACGUUCAACAGCAGUCCCAAGUGGCGGCUCUCGGGCCCGACGAGGAGGAACUCGAAUUACCGUCUGUUGUCGUUUACCUUGUUGAACCCUUCUCUCUAGGAGGUGCUGACUGCCCGGAUCGGCGCCGACUUGCCAUACUAGCGUUGCUGCGUGCCUUUUCCGCGGCCGUCAAUGGCAUGCCCGAGGCGAUCAGGGCAAACAUCAAUGUGCAGCUAAUAUCGUUGGAAACUAUAAUGGAGCUUGGACGAGUCCGCGAAAGGCGGAAGAUCCAAGAUGAGAUGAGAGCUUUGGCUUUGAACGUGUUUUUGCAAGGUCGGAGGCUUCUCUCGCACAACACGACUGUCAGGAGUUUAACUGGGUUUGGAACCGCUGCAGCCGCCGACCUCUUUCUUAAGAAUAAAGAUGAACGCAACAAAUCAUCUUUACGGUUGUACGCGCCAGCAUACGUACUGGCACCUCUGCGCUGCAAGAGUGAGGCGCCCGACUCGUUCGGCACAAGCGGUCCCGAGGAGUGCGCAGUUCUCUACUUGAGCUAUUGUCUCAGCGAGGAUCAAUCCUGGCUGUUGGCUGUCGCAACCGACGAUCGGGGUGAGAUCUUUGAAACCACUACCAUCAACAUCGAUAUACCGAACAGAAAGAGGCGGAAACGCGCCUCGGCAAGGAGGGCCGGCCUCCAGAAGCUCAUGGACUUUAUCCUUGGAGUUAUGUCACAAGGGGUCCAGCCGUGGAGAUUGGUAGUGGGACGCGUGGGUCGUAUCGGCCACGGCGAGCUCAAGGGCUGGAGCUGGCUAUUAUCGCGCAAGGCUCUUGUGAAGGCGUCGAAACAUCUGAAGGAUAUUUGCGGUCAGUGCAGCCUCCUGUACCCGACGGCGGCGCCAUGCGUUCUCAGCGCGUGCCUCGUCUCUCUUGAACCCGACAGUACCCUCAGGCUCAUGGCCGACCAAUUCACACCCGACGAAAGAUUCAGUCAGGCAUCUGUCAAUUGCCAACUUUCGACACCCCAGGACGUCACCUGUACUCACAUACUUGUCUUCCCCACCUCGGCAACCACGCAGUCGUCGCAGACAACCUUUCACGAGCAGCAAAUAAACGACCCGGAGCUAGGCGACGACGAACUCUUCUCCGCGCUACACGAAGAUUUACCCGAAGGCAUGGAGGGCAUGACUGACUUCAAUGACAUAUUCAACGUGUGGCCAGAGCCAGGAGCAGGAGGUGGCCAAAGUCCCAGCGGCAGUCCACGAAGACCGGAAGGUUCCCCUCUCGGCGGCGAUGGACCAGGAUCUGGCCUCGGCAAUCACGAUGGGCCUGGCAGUCCAUUUCCAUGCAGCAACACACCUAGAGCGGCAGUAACGGAGCAAUCGGAGGAGGUGGGCACACUGUUGCAGCAGCCUUUGGCCCUCGGAUACCUUGUUUCAACCGCACCCACGGGCCGUAUGCCCUCCUGGUUUUGGGCGGCUUGUCCGCACCUCGAAGGUGUCUGUCCAGUCUUUCUAAAGAAUGCUCUUCACCUCCACAGUCCAGCCAUCCAGCAGAACAGUGACGAGCUGCUACACCAGCAAAGCGCCGUCACCGUGCACGGCCUUGACUCCCAGUUCACUACUGACGUACUCAGAUACGUACUCGAAGGCUACAACGCACUGUCCUGGCUGUCCGUCGAUGCUAACACAAAGGACCGCCUCUCCUGUCUGCCGGUUCAUAUUCAGGUGCUCAUGCAGCUCUAUCACGCGACGGCUGCCCUUGUCUGACCCACACUCUACACGUCUUCAGCUCCCUCUCAUGCGCCCGUUAUCGUCGCGUUGCUCGGGGCUUUACGAGAGUGCACGCCAAUUCACCAGUCGCGCGACCCGGCCCUCACUGUCUUUAUUUUUCCAACAACUGCUAUAGAGAUUAUUGUUGCGUGAACGAGGAAAUAUCUCGAGCGUUCUUGCCCAUAUUUUUGUUCUGUCAGCGCUCUUUCCCUCUCAGCCCAUUUCAUCUUAUUCUGCUUUUGUUCGUUUUUGGCGUCUAAUGCUUUGUGAUAGUAAUAUUUUUUUAAUUCGAGGUUCAAAUGUAAAUAUAAGAAACGCCUGAUUAAGAAAUUGGGGAAUAAUAAAUUUCGACGAAAAAUAUU